AUGGAUAUCGCAAAAGAUGCUAUGGCUAUCAAAGCCGAGUCAUAUCAUAAUGAACACCCACCUCAGGAGACCUCUGCUGCACCAGUGAUCCCCCACGUCGUUUGGUACAGGCAUCAAGGGCUGCGGAAGCUGUAUGCUAUGAUGCCUAUCCUAUUCCUCGGCGCAACAAUCAAUGGAUACGAUGGUUCCCUCCUCAACGGCUUGCAAACGAUGACUCCUUGGCAGGAUUAUUUUGAUAAUCCCACAAGUGGAAGACUCGGCCUUUUUACGGCAAUUCAGAAUAUAGGUGGCAUCUGUGCUCUUCUUUUCUCAUCUUAUGCCGCUGAUAUGCUUGGACGUCGAAUGGGUGUUACAAUCGGUCUCGUGAUUUUAUUCGUUGGGACUAUCAUACAGGUCGUGCCCUCUGUGAACUCGUCAAUGUUCAUCGCCGGUAGAUUUUUGGUUGGUCUCGGGUCGAAUAUCGCACAAGGCUCCGCGCCCCUUUUGAUCACUGAACUGGCCUACCCCCAACACCGAGGUACACUAACGACCAUGUACAAUACUCUAUGGUAUCUGGGGUCGAUUGUUGCGGCAUGGACGGUCUUUGGGACACUUAAUUACACAUCAGAUGCCUCGUGGAGGAUCCCCGUUGGUGUGCAAGCUGUCAUGCCAUUCAUGCAAUUUGUCGGUAUAUGGCUGCUGCCUGAAAGUCCUCGUUGGCUUUGUGCCAAGGAUCGUGGUGACGAGGCAUUGAAAAUUUUGCAAAAGUAUCAUGGCAAUGGCCCCGUGGCGGACUCCUUCAUUGAAUGGGAAUUCCACGAGAUCCAGGAGACCAUCAGACAGGAAAAAGAAAGCUCAUCCGAUGGAUGGCAAGUUUUAUUUCAGACCAGAGGUAAUCGCAAGAGAUUGCUUCUCAUUGCAUUGGUUUCAUUCUUCUCUCAAUGCUCCGGAAACGGACUCGUGUCGUACUAUCUUCAUGAUAUCCUGAACUCUGUCGGAAUCACGUCGUCCUACGACCAGUCAUUGAUCAAUGGCGGUCUCCAGAUCUGGUCUUUCCUUGUUGCUAUUGGGUUUUCGUCAUUCUUGGUUGACUUUUUGGGUCGACGAACGCUGUUCAUGAUCGCUGCCGUGGGCAUGUUGGUCACUUUUAGUAUCUGGACUGGUUGUUCCGCCGUUUACGCACAAACUGGAAAUUCUGCUGCCGGCAGCGCUGUCAUUGCAAUGAUCUUCCUCUUUUACGGUGUAGCUGGCUUCGCAUGGCCAGGUCUAACCGUCGCGUACUGCGCCGAAAUACUCCCCUUCAGGAUUCGAGCAAAAGGACUAGCUAUCUGCUUCGCUCUGACGGCAACCUCUUCAGUAUUCAAUCAGUAUGUCAACCCAAUUGGCCUGGCGCACUUGCAAUGGAAAUACUAUUUUAUAUAUAUCGCUAUUCUCGUUGUUGAAUGCUUCUGUGUCUGGUUCUUGUUUGUGGAAACGAAGGGCCCUACUCUAGAGGAGAUUGCAGCACUAUUUGAUGGUCAUGCUGCCCGUGAUACUGAUCUGGAGUUCUCCAACAAGAAGGACCAGGAACUAAAUCACAUGGGAAAGAUUACCACAGAUUGA